UAUAUUUCUAUAAAUCUCAUCAUCUAAUUUCAUCCGAUCCCACAAUCAAUAAUCGAACAACAUCAAAUAACCAAAUUCAGAAGAUAAAAUCGAUCCAUAUGUCGAUUCAUAUUGACGAAACCAUCACAAUCCGUGAUGUUUGGUCCCAAAACCUAGAAUCCGAGUUCAAAUUGAUCAGAUCCGUCAUCGAUCAGUACUCUUACAUCUCCAUGGAUACGGAAUUUCCCGGCGUCGUAUACAGUCAAUCUGUAGAUCCAUCGAAACCGUAUAUGCAUCGCCGGCCGUCUGAUAGUUACAAGCUUUUGAAGUCAAACGUCGAUGUUUUGAACCUUAUCCAGCUCGGUCUCACACUCACUGACGCCUCCGGCAACCUUCCAUGUGACGGUGAGACUCACCGGCGUUUUAUCUGGCAGUUUAAUUUCAAUGAUUUUGAUUUGGCUUGUGAUCUGUACGCACCUGAAUCGAUUGAGUUGUUGAAACGGCAAGGGAUUGAUUUCGAUCGGAAUCGGAUUGAAGGUAUCGACUCGGUCCGAUUUGCUGAGUUGAUGAUGUCAUCAGGUCUGGUUUGUAAUGACUCAGUGAGUUGGGUGACGUUUCACAGCGCGUACGAUUUCGGUUAUUUGUUGAAGAUCCUCACGCGCCGGGAGUUGCCACGUGGUUUGCACGAGUUUUUGGAGGCUUUAAAGGUGUUCUUCGGCGAUGACGUGUACGACGUAAAGCAUUUGAUGAAGUUCUGCCGGAAAAACUUGUACGGCGGGUUGGACCGGGUGGCGAGUAUUUUAGAAGUGAACCGGGUUGUUGGAAAAUGCCACCAGGCCGGUUCAGAUAGUUUGCUGACAUGGCACGCGUUUCAAAAAAUGAGAGACGUGUACUUCGUCGACGUUGGGACGGAAAACUACGCCGGCGUUUUGUAUGGAUUGGAGGUUUAUUAGGACUUGAAAAUAUUGGUUUAGUAAGGGCAAAUCCGUAAAUUAAUCUAAUUAAAAAUUAUUUAAUUUUAAUUUACAUUUUCUAAUCAAGAAAUCUAUUCGUUUGAGAAACUUUACUUCUUCAUAUUGAGAUAUUUUCUAAACACAUGGUCUUUGCAUCAGUUUGUACACACCUCGACUAAUUCUGAUGACCUGUAAAACAGAAGGAAAAACUAUAGUGACUUUGCAAGACUCGAGCCGGUGUAUUAUGAGAAAAAUCCUGAAGUUAUGCAUUUUAAUCAUAACUUUACUACUACUUGGGUUGUAAUGAACCGUUAAACCACAGAGGAUAUAGUGAAAAAUCUCAUUUUCAAAGUCGUUGCAGCUAUGGAGGUUCAAUAGCCAUGACUCUAGACCAUAUGUGGUUGCUCGAGGGAGCAGUUGGUGCACGAAAACUAGCCUGAAAACCUGCGGUUACCAAGAAAAAACUUUAUACCCUAAUCCAAACGAGAUGUCGUAAAUAUGUUAUAUUUGAUGUUUAUCUUUAAAAUUCUUUGCGGUUUUGCUGCAUAAAAUCCUUUCAACGAAAAUGUUUCUCUUGGAUC